UCCGACAGCAUGUGGGGACGCAGCCCCUCGCUGCCGUGGGAGAAGCGGCUGGCUGGGGACAGCCUCUGCUGAGGAGCUGCCACCGCCCCCCCUCCAACUUGUCCCCCCUCUUGUCCGCAGCGCCCCCGGUCCCCAUGAGGCCCCCGCUGCUGCCGCUGCUGGUGCUGUGGGUGCCGCGGCUCCUGGGAUCGCUGGCAGAGGGUGAGGGAUGCAACCGGACAGCGCGGGCAGGGCUGGAGGGACAGGCUGCACACAGUGAACCAGGGGCCCCCCUGAACCUCAGCGUGAGUGACCACAGCCGGUCGGACUCCCUCCUUGUGUCCUGGGAGGAGCCCAUGGGGGAUGCUACGGGAUAUUCGCUCGCCCUCUCCUCCCUGGGGUCAGGCAAGCUGCUGCAGAAUGGAUCUGCUGGACCCAACGUCACCAGCUUCUGGUUCCACGGGCUGACCCCCGGCAUGCGCUACAAGAUCGAGGUGACAGCCACGCUGGCUUGCAUGGAGACCACCAGUCAGACAGUCACAGCACAGACAAGUCCCUCCCCCGUGCGCAGCCUGACCCUGAGCAGCAGUGGGAGCCCUGGGGUGCUGAGGGCGUCCUGGGAGCACGCCCAGGGCCAGCGAGACAGGUACCACCUGGCUCUCUAUCACAGCCAGUCCCAGGCACUGGUGAGAAACGUGUCCCUCUUGCCCAACACCUCCACCUUCCUGCUGGAUGGGCUGCUGGCUGGUAGCGAGUACGCCCUGAAGGUCAGCACACUGGCUGGAGCCAGCCAGGCCAGCAGCAGUGUUCACCAGUGGACAGCUCCCUCCAUCCCCACCCAGCUGAGGCUCAGCCCGGGCUCCAGCACCAGCCUCACGGCCUCCUGGGGCAGCGCCGCGGGGGCUGCCUGGCUGCACCUCACGCUUCACAACCUCCUCACCCGGACGGUGACCACCACCCUGUCAGCCAGGAGGGGUCUCACCAGCUUCACCUUCCAGCACCUCCAGCCUGGCACCCCAUACUGGCUGGGGCUGAGUGCCGUGGCUGGGCCCUACAGGGUGGCAGGGCCCAAUGCCACUGCCUGGACAUACCCCCUGAGCCCUGGCAACGUGACCCUGAGCAGAGCAGAAGAACAGAGCUCCUUGCAGGCUCACUGGAGCACUCCAGCAGGAGAGAGGGACUUCUACCUGGUGACACUGCAGGAGGGAGAGGACCAUGCUCCCACAAGGAACAUCUCUGUUGAUGGAGACAACAGUCAUAUCACCUUCCAUGGGCUGAGCCCUGGGACACAAUACUGCGUCCAGGUGACAGCAGUAGCUGGGCCUCACCGGGCAUCAGCCCACAGCACAGUGGCCUGGACGGAGCCACUGGCACCGUCUGGUGUGGGUCUGUCCAGCCAAGGGAGCCCCUACAGCCUGCUGGCCAGCUGGGAGGAGGCAAUGGGAGAGGGCUACCUGCUGGCCCUCAGCCCUGUGGAGCACCCAGGGAGGAACAGCUCACUCCUCCGACGUGUCACCAACUUCACCUAUGAGGGCCUCCAGCCUGGCACCCUCUACACCCUUGAAGUCAGCACCGUGGCUGGCCCCUACACCUCAUCACCCCGGCGCGUCACCAACUGGACAUAUCCUUUGCCCCUGGAACAGCUGACCCUCAGCAGUCAUGGCCACAGCACCUCUCUGCAAGCCUCCUGGAGAGCAGCUUCUGCUGGCAGUACCAGCUACACAGGCACCCUUUACGAGACCAAGCUCCAGGAGAGAGUCAGGAAUGUGACUGUGGGGAACAACUGGACAAAUGUCACCUUUGAGGACCUGGUCCCUGGGCGACAGUAUACGCUGGAGAUGGCUGCUAUGGCUGGACCUUACAGAUCCCCUGUGCAGUCAGCCACAAACUGGACAUAUCCUCUAGCUCCAGCUGGUGUGACCCUGGCCAACACCCGGCACCCGCUGGGACUCUCUGCCUACUGGGACAAGGCUGCUGGUGACGUAGACCAGUUCCAUCUCCAGCUCUACAGCAAGAGCCAUCCAAUGCAGAGGAACAUCUCAGUGGGGCCAAACACCCACAACUUCACGUUUCUGGGGCUCUCCCCUGGUGUUCAGUACUUCCUGAAAGUCACCGUCCUGGCUGGCCCGUACCGAUCCUCAUCCCACUUUGCCACUGAGUGGACAUAUCCACUGUCUCUGGCUAACGUGACUGUACAGCCUGGCCAGAGACCCCAGGAGCUACGUGUGAGCUGGGUGGAGUCAGGCAGUGGCAGAGACCACUUGGUACAGCUCUCAGUGGCCGAGUCCCUGUCCAUCAUCAGGAAUGUGUCUGUCCCCCGUGGAGUCACCCAGAUUGACCUGGAGGGGCUGGUGCCAGGGUCCCGGUACCGCGUGGAGAUAAUUUCUCAGGCUGGACCUCAUCGCAUCUCGUCUCAGACCACCAUUGGCUACACGGUUCCACUCCCUCCUCUUUCCCUGUCUGCUAGCCCUGGCACUGCCGGGGCUCUGGCUGUGCACUGGGAGACUCCCCUGGGGCACAGGGAUGGGUACCUGCUCAGCAUACAAGAGGAGGGCUCUUCUGCAGCAGCAAGGAACCUGGAAACAGGGAAGGACAGCACCAAUGUCACCCUGGCACAGCUGGAACCAGGAACUUGCUACCUGGUUGGGAUCUGGGCAGUAGCUGGAACCUUCCGUUCCCUCCCCAAGAACGUCACUGGCUGCACGGUUCCUGCUGAACCAACAAACCUGACCUUUACCAACCCAGGCAGCUCCUCAGAGCUUCAUGUGAGCUGGAACAAACCCCCUGGCAGGAGGGACCACUACCUUAUUACUCUGUACAGCCUUAGCACCCAGAAGAAGGAUCAAGUCCAGACCUUGAGUCCCGAUGCCCAGAACUUCACUUGGACUCACUUGGAGGCAGGCAGCAGGUUUGCUGUGCAGGUCACUGCUGUGAAAGGCCUUUUCAAAGCCUCCUCCUCCAACGUCACCCAAUGGACACACCCCGUGGCCCCUGCCAGCUUCACCCUGGGCAGCCCUUCUGCCUCCACACUGCAGGUCUCCUGGGCAGUCAUGGGCCGAAGAGCAGAAGGCUUCGUGGUAGAGGUCUGUGACACAGCCUCCAGCAGCUGCGUUGGGCGCGUGGCGCUGGGUGUGGAUGCCAGGAGUCACAUCUUCAGGAACCUGAGCCCCGGCACCCGCUACUCCGUGGCAGUGAGGGCCACAGCAGGGCCCUUCCACACCAGCAGCCCCAACCUCACCCACUGCACACGACCACUGCCCCCGGCCACCCUGUGCUGGCUGAGCCAGGGACACCCCGACACCCUGAGUGCCUCCUGGGCAGCCCCGGCCGGGGGCCGGGACGGCUACAGCCUGACCCUGCGCCGGGCACCGCUGGGCACCGUGGCAGCUACAGCCUCGCUCGGGAGAGACACCCACAACUUCACCUUCACGGGCCUGGCCCCAGGGUACGAGUACUCCCUGGAAGCCAGCACCAUGGCUGGACCCUACCAGGCAGCAGCACCCAACAUCAGUGGCUGGACACGCCCUCUGCCCCCGGCUGCCGUGUGCCUGCUGAGCCAGGGACACCCCGACACCCUGAGUGCCUCCUGGGGAGCCCCGGCCGGGGGCCGGGACGGCUACAGCCUGACCCUGCGCCGGGCACCGCUGGGCACCGUGGCAGCUACAGCCUCGCUCGGGAGAGACACCCACAACUUCACCUUCACGGGCCUGGCCCCAGGAAGCAAAUAUGUGCUGGAGGUGAUGUCCAUGGCGGGGUCCUACCAGGCAUCUGCAGGGAACGUCAGCAACUGGACAUAUCCCCUGGCACCCCGGAACGUGUACAUGACCAACCAAGGCUAUCCCAACAGGCUGAGUGCAUCCUGGCGAGCAGAUCCCCAGGGACAGGACAGUUACAGGCUCCUCCUGUACCACUGGGGGUCAGGUGCUGUGGCAGCCAACAUGUCCGUUGGGAAAGGCACCAGGAAAUUCACCUUCUCUGGUCUGGCUCCAGGACACAAGUACCUGCUGGAGGUGGUGUCUGUGGCAGGGCCCUACAUGGCCUCUGCGGGGAACAUCAGUGACUGGACAACCCCUUCAGUUCCCAAAAAUCUCUCUGUGGUGGCUGAAGGCAACAACACGAUGCUCCUCUCCUGGGGCAGCAUCUCUGGACAGCAGGAUGACUGCCAGCUGUGGCUGCGGGAUCCCAGGAACAGCACCGUGCCCCGGCGGCACGUCCUUGGAAGAGGGCAGGUUCAGCACCUCCUCCAGGGGCUGAUCCCAGGGAGGAACUACUCUGUCUCGUUGAGCUGCGUGGCUGGGCCAUACUGGAGCAGCACCAAACCCCUGGCAGUGCCAAUGGAGCCAAACCCUGUGGAGGACAUGCAAUGCCUACCAGAACCAAGGAGCCUUUACUUGAACUGGACCAGCUCUCCUGGAGAUGUGGAUGCUUAUGAGGUGGUGACAGAGAGACUCUCUGAUGCACGUCCCACCUCCAAGUAUGUCCUGAAUUUCCCUACGAGCGAGGCCAAUCUGGAGGGGCUGAGGCCAAACUCAUCCUACCGAAUUGCUGUGAGCACACUGGGCAUGAACACAAUGAGGAGCCAGGCUGUAACUCUGCUCUGCAACACAACAGUGGAGGCCCUGCCUCCACCCCUGCGAGAAGACAUCUUCCAGGUGGAGGCCAGAUCCACAGUCAUCCUUUCAUCCAACCUGUUCAGCGAGGAGAACGGGCAGAUCGAGUACUAUGGUGUCAUUGCUACCACCAACGAUUCACUGCUGAGGCCCACCCAGGAAAUUAUGUCCAGCACAUGGUAUGACCACUAUUAUGGGACAGAAGAUUCCUACCUGGCUGUGCUGAUCCCCAAUCCCUUCCACCUGAGCCCCAGGAGCUCCCAUGAAACCUGGCGAGUGCCAGUGGGAACAGAGGAGUGUGGCCAGUCCAGGACGACCUGCAAUGGGAAGCUGAAAGCUAACGAGCAGUACAGGUUCAGCAUUGCUGCCUUCACCAAAUAUGAUCCAGUAUCUCCUGCAGUGACAUUCACCAUGUUCUCAGCUGCUGCAUCUGGUGCAGACACAACUCCACUCUCAAUGCCAAUAAUUGCUGGAAUAAUCAUGGGAUUUCUCCUGACACUUGCAGCUAUUUUUGCUUUGAUCUACUGGAAACAGCUCAGAGCAAAGAGAACCAAGAAGAGCAGCUUGCCCCAGGAAAUGACGACCUACAGCUUGAGGAAUGUCCAUCGGCCAAUUCCCAUCCAGAACUUCAGGCAGUACUAUGAGAUGAAGACAGCAAGUGCUAACCAAGGUUUUUUCCAGGAGUUUGAGGAGCUGAAGGAAGUUGGGAAGGAGCAGCCAAAGGUGGAGGCUGAGCUACCAGCCAAUGUCUCCAAGAACAGAUAUCCUCAUGUGCUGCCCUAUGAUCACUCUCGGGUCAAGCUGAGCCAACAGGGGGAGGACCCACACUCAGACUACAUCAAUGCCAACUUCAUGCCUGGCUAUACAUCCCAGCAGGAGUUCAUUGCCACCCAGGGGCCUCUGAAGAAAACGAUAGAGGACUUCUGGAGGCUGGUGUGGGAGCAGAACGUCUGCAACAUCAUCAUGCUGACAGUCUGCAUGGAGAACGGGCGGGUCCUCUGUGAUCAUUACUGGCCAUCCGAAUCUGCCCCAGUCUUCUACGGGCAGGUCCGGGUCCACCUACUGAUGCAGAGCAGCUCUGAGGAGUGGACCAUGCGCCAGUUCAAACUGUGGCAUGAGGGUCUCCGGGCAGAGCGGCACGUGUCCCACCUGCACUACACGGCGUGGCCUGACCAUGGGAUCCCAGAGUCCACAACUUCCAUUCUGACCUUCAGAGAGCUGGUCCGGGAGCACAUCCAGAGCACUAAGGAUGCAGGACCAACCCUUGUGCACUGCAGUGCCGGGGUGGGUCGCACUGGCACCUUCAUCGCCCUGGACCGGCUGCUGCAGCAGGUGAAGCAGGAGAAGGUGGUGGACACCUUUGGUGUUGUUUACACCUUGCGGAUGAACCGUUACCUGAUGAUUCAGACACUGUCCCAGUACAUUUUCCUGCACAGCUGUAUCCUGGACAAGAUAUUGGAGGAGCCACUCUUGAGUUUAUCAGAGGCAGAGAGGUCCUGCCCCAUCCCACUGAAGAGCUUUGCUCAGCACUACGCCCAGAAGGCGGCCAAGGCCCACCUGGGCUUCCUGAGGGAGUAUGAGAGCCUCCUGGAGGUUGUUAAGGAAGAAGCCAGCUCUGCAACACCAUCUUCAGGCACCCGGCAGACACAGCCCUCUUCCAGCAUCCUCCCAUACGAUCGCUCCAGAGUGAAGUUCUCCCUGCUGGAACAGGCCCCUUACUCAGGUCCCCUGCAAGUGUGGCGUGUCCCGGGCUGCAACUCCAGCAGGGAGUAUCUGGCUGUCCAAGGGCCUGACAAGUUGACCAUGGAGGACUUCUGGACCCUGGUGUGGGAACAGGAUGUUCAUACCAUCCUGACACUUCUCCCAUGGCAGCAGAAGGGGGAGGUCCCCAGUGAGGCAUGCUGGCCCCUGGAAGGAGACUCUCUCUGCACAAAGAUGCUGACCAUCCAGAGUGGCACAGAGAAGCUUGUCUCUGGGUGGAGGUGUAUCCAGCUCAAAAUGAAGCACGAGAAGAAAGCAAAGGAGAGGCAGGUACAACAGUUCCUGUACACGCUGUGGAGCAGCACGAAGCAGCCAGAUGUGCAGAGCCUGGUGGAGCUCCUCACUGCUGUCAGACGGGGCCAGCCCCACCGCAAGAGGGCCAGUCCUCUCCUGCUGCACUGCAGUGGUGGCAUGAGCCAAAUGAGGACCCUGAUCUCCCUGGACUGCCUGUUGCACCAGAUCAAAGCUGAAAGAAUUGUGGAUGUCUACAGGGUGACCCUCCAGCUGGCAAGAAGCUGCUGUCUGAUGACCCCGACUCUGGAUGAGUACAUGUUCCUCUACAGCUGCAUCCGGGACGUGGUGGCUCAGAAGCAGCCCUGACACUGCCCAGCACUCCCCGGCACCAUCCUGCUCUUCACCUCUGCCAGGACCUGUUUGAAGGCAGAAGCUGGGCUGAGAGCACCAUGAAGCUCCUGGCACAGUGUGAGCCCUGCAGCCAGAGGGGACCUGCCCCAUCACUGCCACCAAGGUGUCCCACCUGGCCUCAGCAGCCCUGUGGGGGCUCCUGAAGAGCAGGGCAGUGCUGCAGACCUGCAGGGCUGGGCAGGAUGCUACCCUGCUUUGGCUUUCUCCUGGGAUUCCUGAUGCCUGGAAGUUUUAACCCUGCUGUGGGACACAGUGCUGGCUUUGAGGGCUCUGCCCUUGCCCCAUGGCACAGGAGGGACAGCCCUGGGCACUGCCAGCUCCGUGUGCCCAGGGGGUCUCAGACUGUGGGCAGAGCUUGUUUGGCUGGUGGAUCAGUCAGGUACAAGCAAUAAA